AUGAUGGGCGGCCGCCUCCUCACUGGAGGGAUUCCUGGAGAAGCUGCAGUGUGGGGAUGCUCUGACCGAGUUCAGCCCCCAGUGUCUUUCCUCCUCCUCCUCCUGCAGCGACAGCAUCCGCAGUUAGCAGUGGGCAACUUGAGGCUGUAACCGGGGCAAGCCCCCAGGGUCCUGCUCACCCAACAGGGGGCUCAGGUCCCCGAAGGGGUGUGUGCAGGGCGGGGGCGGCCAGCUGGGACCAGCUGGUGGCCCUAGAAAACCUCACCCACACCCACACCCACACACCCCUUUUGUGUUGCAGGCUGCCCCUCUGAGAGCGGAGGCAGCGAGAGAGUACUCGUGUGCCUCGCACCGGUCCGCGGUGAGAGCAGCGGGGACCAAGACUCGCACCAUCUCCCGGUCGGUCCUCGCUCCAGUUUCCCUCUGAAUCCUACACUUCAUAUGUAGACACCUUACUCAACUGGCAUUUGUUAGUCAAGUCUCCUCUGCAUCCAAGGUAAGGAAAAGAAGACUUUGGCGCGCUCGAACAACCAACAUCCGCAGUCUGAUCAGAAGACAUUGCCCUUGCCGUCCCGAGAGCUCCAGCAGAACAUCUCGUUAAGAUUGAAGAAAGGAGAUUCCAAAAGGAACAAAAAAACCCAAAUACUCCAGACUACCCCAGCAGAACAUUCCGCUUGAACCAAAAAUGGUGAGUGCCAGUCGUCCUGAGGCCCUGGCUGCCCCUGUCACCACUGUUGCGACCCUUGUCCCACACAACGCCACUGAGCCAGCCAGUCCUGGGGAAGGGAAGGAAGAUGCCUUUUCCAAGCUGAAGCAGAAGUUUAUGAAUGAACUGCAUAAAAUCCCAUUGCCACCGUGGGCCUUAAUUGCCAUAGCCAUAGUUGCGGUCCUUCUAGUCGUGACCUGCUGCUUCUGUGUCUGUAAGAAAUGUUUGUUCAAAAAGAAAAACAAGAAGAAGGGAAAGGAAAAGGGAGGGAAGAACGCCAUUAACAUGAAAGACGUGAAAGACUUAGGGAAGACCAUGAAGGAUCAGGCCCUUAAGGAUGACGAUGCUGAAACUGGACUGACUGAUGGAGAAGAAAAGGAGGAGCCCAAGGAAGAGGAGAAACUGGGAAAGCUUCAAUAUUCACUGGACUAUGACUUCCAGAAUAACCAGCUGCUGGUGGGAAUCAUCCAGGCUGCUGAACUGCCCGCCCUGGACAUGGGAGGCACAUCUGAUCCAUACGUCAAAGUCUUCCUGCUGCCCGACAAAAAGAAGAAGUUUGAGACAAAAGUCCACCGGAAAACCCUCAAUCCAGUCUUCAAUGAACAGUUUACUUUCAAGGUGCCAUACUCGGAAUUAGGUGGCAAGACACUGGUGAUGGCUGUGUAUGAUUUUGACCGCUUCUCCAAGCACGACAUCAUUGGAGAGUUCAAAGUUCCUAUGAACACCGUGGAUUUUGGCCACGUCACCGAGGAGUGGCGCGAUCUCCAGAGUGCUGAGAAAGAAGAGCAAGAGAAACUGGGUGACAUCUGCUUCUCCCUCCGCUACGUCCCUACUGCCGGCAAGCUGACUGUUGUCAUUCUGGAAGCCAAGAACCUGAAGAAGAUGGAUGUGGGUGGCUUAUCUGAUCCCUAUGUAAAGAUUCACCUGAUGCAGAACGGCAAGAGACUGAAGAAGAAAAAGACAACGAUUAAGAAGAACACACUUAACCCCUACUACAAUGAGUCCUUCAGCUUUGAAGUUCCGUUCGAGCAAAUCCAGAAAGUGCAAGUGGUGGUAACUGUUUUGGACUAUGACAAGAUUGGCAAGAACGACGCCAUCGGCAAAGUCUUUGUGGGCUACAACAGCACCGGCGCAGAGCUGCGACACUGGUCAGACAUGCUGGCCAACCCCCGGCGACCCAUCGCCCAGUGGCACACUCUGCAGGUAGAGGAGGAGGUUGAUGCCAUGCUGGCUGUCAAGAAGUAAAGGGGAAAAGAAGCCUUUCUGCGUCUGCCCACAUAGUGCUCUUUAGCCAGUAUCUGUAAAUACCUCAGUAAUAUGGGUCCUUUCAGUUUCCAGCCAUGCAUUCCUGAUACAAUCCAGUGGUACUUCAGAUCCUGUUUUAAUUUGCACAAAUUUAAGUGUAGAAAGCCCCUAUGCCCUUCAUCAUACCACUGCCCUCCAAAUCUACUCUUCUUUUAAGCAAUAUGAUGUGUAGAUAGAGCAUGACUGAAAUGUAUUGUAUCACACCGUUGUAUAUACCAGUAUGCUAAAGAUUUAUUUCUAGUUUGUGUAUUUGUAUGUUGUAAGCGUUUCCUAAUCUGUGUAUAUCUAGAUGUUUUUAAUAAGAUGUUCUAUUUUAAACUAUGUAAAUUGACUGAGAUAUAGGAGAACUGAUAAUAUAUUAUAUGGUAAAUAUAGUAUCGUCUGCAUUCCAGCAAAAAUAUCAAUUUGAAAGGCACUAGUACAGUUAAACCAACAUCUUAAAGGACAACUUAAACCUGAACUUUCUAUUGAAUCCUUUGAGUACCAAGAUUUGCUCACAUGACAUCUUUGAUGGGUGAACCCAAUUUUGUAGAAUUCUUUCACAGGCAAAUAGCAUGUUCUGAGCAGCAUCCAUGCUGACCUCAAGGAAGCAAAGCCACAAACCAGAAUAGCAUCUGUCUGUCUGUCUCUGCAAAGCUAAAAAAUCAUGGCUUCACUCUUCCAGUCAAGGAAGCAACGAACACGAAGGAGCCAGUGAGUUCCUACGACUGCAUCUAGCAUAGCAUAACCGUGGUGUUCUCUGUGUGUGCGUGUGCAAGUGUGAAAGUGUAUGCACGAGUCUUAUGUGUGGUGCAUGCCUUUGUUCGGGGUUGGGGUGGGAGAGGAGAAGCUGAGAGAAGUCAGCGUUUCUGAAAUGUUGCCUGACUACUUAAACAGAAACUAAUAGCUCUCCAGUAUCACAUUUAUAUAACACGUGCAACCUGGGAAUUCUGGUCCAGAUUUCACCCCAAUAUUGAUUCCAAAAGGUAUGCACGUGAGACUUUGUAACAAAAUAUUUUAUUAUAUAAAACCAGAUUAGAAGGAAUGCAGAAUAUUUUUAACACAGCAAUCUGUGCUUAUUCCACAACAUUACUUUGUGGUAAACAGACAGUAUUGUAAUCCCAUGAAAAGAUGAAAUAUAACAAUUAGCCAUAGUUCUGAAUGCACUUCGAUUAAGCCAAAACAGACAGCUAGUGAUCUUUUUAUAUGCUCUUUUUACUUAAGUUUUAAUUUGUCCUUUAAACAAAGGUGAAAAAAAAAACCAAGAACAAGUUCUAGCAAACUGAAGCAACCUCUUAUGUACACUAGAUGCUUGACUUAGGAGGAGUUUUUAAAUGUUCUCAAUGUUAUUCUGUAGUAAAUGGCACUAUUAUGAAGCCACUAGUCAUUCCAUAUGAGUCUUAAGGACUGCUCUGUGUAACACUGUGACUGCCCUGUGUGCUUAGACACGUAGUUUCCUCAGUGGCUAGCACCCAACUUACUCCGUAGUGAUAUUGUAACAAUACUGCCAUUCCCUCGUACUGCACUGCCCAAUGUGUGUGUAGCACAAACAGUUCUCAUUCUUAAGGACCAAUUCAGAACUGAACAGCUAUGCAUAGGACAGAAAGAUACAUAGACUGGGGGGGUGGGGAGAACACACAGCAUCUUGUCAACACUGUGCACUAGUCCACAUUUGUCUCGCUGAGGUAGACAGCCACUUCAGGAAGGUGAGCCUGCUACCUAACACUGCUUCUAGACUCUUCGCCCACUUGAUAGUGCGGCCUGUUUUCACCUCCAGGUCACAGAAAACAGCAACAUCCUGACGGGAGAGGACCAUCUUCACAUCUACCAAAAUAAAAUGGAGGCAUGGAAAGUGUGGCCUCCUGUUUGAUCUAUAGGAUUUAGCUCCAUGCUUUGGACAAAAGUCAAGAGAAUCCCAGAAAGGGCUCUUGGUAGACUUUAAACAUGGGGUUGGCCGUUCCUCCUGCACACACAACACAAUCUCCAAACCCUGGUUCUUCCCUCAUUGGAGAAGAGGCAAAGCCUUUGCUCCUCACCUCCAUCCCAGCAAACUCUUCAGAAUUAGAACAGAUGCAGAGGACAAGGAGAAAAUCCUUUCCUGUGGACGAACAGCACAUUUUCAACAUUAAAACCACAGAUGAUAGGAAAGGCACACUCAUAGGUGAGAUUAAACAGGAGACUCAAAUGAGGGGCUUUCCUACUUAAGGGACCAAGUCCUACCAAAGAGAAGGAGUUGACUUUAAAAAAAAAAAUACCUUAGAUACCAGACACCGACAUUUCGGUUCACCACCUCCCGACUUAAGUUGUACACGGUGGAGCAACAUUUCCAAGGAAGCAGCUUCCAGCUGCCCAAGCAGACAUUCCUUCCUGCAUCACAACACUACUAGCACAUUCUCUUGCAACACUGCCAACGUGGGAUUGUCACCAUAGACUUAGUUGGUACUAUAUCAUCUCCCAUGAGCCGGUGACUGGACCUGCUUCCUGACCUGCCAUCCAUCCUCAGAUGAGCCACCUGUACCCUUCUGACAGUGCAGUGUGAAGUCUUAGAAGCUGAUGCCCUAGAAAGAUCCUAGUUGCCUUUGUUGCAUAUAUUUACUGCCUGCUUGAGUGUUUCUCUGUGUGGGUUCUCUCUGUGUCUCGUAGAAAUGUUGGGGUGUUUUCUUCUGCCAUAAGGGCUCGUGGCCCGCGAGCCAACUCCUUUAGCUGUAUUCUUCCUUCAUUUUUUGAUAAGUGGUUUAAAUUCUGUUUCACUUUGUGUAGUGAACCCCAUGGUAGUUUUCUGAUCGUUGUUAAAAAAAAUGACUUAACAUAUUACAUGGACACUCAAUAAAAAUGUUUUAUUUCCUGUUGA